AUGAGGCCUCCUCAGCGCCGGAUCCCGUCGUCGAUCCGUGUUCGACGCUCCGACACGGACCCUUCGCGCAAUAGCUACUACUCCUCCGCCGAUACCUAUGCCAGACGUACAGACGAAACCAACGCCGACGCACAGUCAACCACUACGAAUCUCCCAGCGCCGUCACGUACCGGACAGUCCUCAGCUAACGACUACUUCACGCUUCGAGAACCACGCAGAGGCCCAGGGUUGUCUCCCGGUGAUAGGCUCGGUACGCCAGGGGGAGAAGGCGUCACACCCAGCAGCGAGGGGCAUUGGCAUACUCCCGCUGGCCGUCUAGAUAAGGAAGAAGACGAUGACGAGACACUUCGCCUUGAGAUGGAAGCAGCCAGACGAGCCAUAUAUGAUCAAGAACGCCGGGAGCAGCGUCAAGGCCACCGCGACCGCAGAUCAGUCCGUGUUCCCCCUGGUGACUAUCCACCCAUUCGUUUGAACGAUGAAGCGUUACAGCCAUCGGUCCCACCACGCUCCACCAGCCGCAGACCAGGGGCUGUCGAGGGACUUGCCAUGCGACACCAUCGUCAACGCAGGGAAGAUCGCCGAAGAGCUCGACAGGAUCGCCGCGGCUCGGUGUCCACGUCCUCGUCGCGAUCCUCUUCCACAGCUUCUCGAGGGGACAGUGCUGCCGACGACCACCGUCCUGCAGCAAGAGGCAACGACGGCACGUCGAUGUAUCCGCUGUCGCAUCCUCGCAAUCUGUCCGAUGUGCAGGAAGAACGCUCGAGUCAAUUGGCCAUACCUCAGACCCAAAUCCUGCCAGAAGACCAAGAGACGGAAGCAACGUCCAGGACCCGUGGCAAUGCGACCACAGAUGACGGCCUGAUGGCCGCGUCUCGUCGUCUUUACGAUCAAUUGCUCCGACGCAAAUCAGACAGCGGCCUGGCCGACAACAACAACCAAGGACAAGAAUCGCAAAGACGAGCGCGACGAGCAGACGACGACGACCGCGACGACUACCAUUCCACCCCCUCCUCUGAAGCCAGCGGGAUGCACGAGGAUGAAGUGGUCGAUUACCUCGACGUCGUGGAUCCCGAGGUGGCCACCGUCACCGCUCUACAGAACGUGGGCAACUCGAUCUUCUUCCCACCGAUCCCCAUGCUUUACAACCGACGGCCCACCAUCAGUCUACCGGCAGCUGUUACUCGACAGAGGUCGCCAUCAGCACGCAACACCCCACGUGACGAGCGAAGGCUGGACGACAUUGAAAUGGGCUUGAGGCCCGGAGACACCGAGUCCGGCGACGGGGACACCUCGCGGUUUAGCAGCGUGCGUCGCGUCGCAUCCCUCGUACCUGGUCGCAAGAAGAAGCAGGUCCCGCCCACCACAGAGGAGGAGCGACGCAAGCACAUCAAAGAGUGGGCCGAGAUGGACGAAGAAGAACGCAACGAGCUCGACGAACACGUUCGCCUCCUUCUCACUAAGAAGGCCAAGUUCAAGCGCGGUGCUCGCGGCUUUUGGCGCUACGUCAAGACUCCGCAAGGAUUCAUCAUCACCACGUACGCCUUCUUGAUCACGUUCUGGGGUACCGCCAUCAUGCUUUUCAUUCUCAAGUGGAUCAAUGUGGGCAAUCCGGACAGGCAACGCUACUGGAUCGAGAUCUGCGAUCAGAUCCUGUGCGCUCUGUUCGCCGCCGUCGGUCUGGGCUUCGCGCCCUUCAGAGCGGUGGACACGUACAGGAUGGUGCAGAUUGCGCACUACCACUUCUUGACAUACAAGCGGAGGAGACAGCUGCAACUGCCCGAGUUGAAGGACAAGAACGAGCUGCCCAGGGCUGCGCCAAGGUUGAGCGUCGCACAGAUGACCAACACGAUGAUGAUCAAGACCAAGUUGAGGAGGAGUCCCGGGCCUGAAAUGGCGGACGAAGGCACUACGGAGGGUGGACUCGAUGAGACACGGGCUGCCGGACAGGUUGGACCGGCGAGUGCCGAUUCGUCUUCGGAGCUGCUAGAAGCAGUACAAUCGAGGCGCAGUGCGGACGAGGUGGAAAAGCUGAAGGAGAAGCGCAGCAAGAAGCAUGCUUGGUUGCACCGCAAGAAGCACACCGACGAAGAAAAGGCGGACGGCGACUCUUCGAAGCGGGAUUCGGCAGGGACCAGCUCAUCAGCUGGCGGUGGGUCCGAGCCGGGACCCAUCGAAGGGCCGCGCAAGACGUACGCGAAUAAGGAUGGCGUCAUCCCCCUCGGUCAGCUCAAACGCAACCCCUCGAUCGCAUCCGAACUGCCGCGCGAUGCGGAGGAAGAGGUAGUGCUGAGUCCCAAACAGCAGGCUAACCUGGAAUACCAACAGCGCAAGUUCCACGAGUCACACACAUUCUACCGCUACCGCGAGACGGUCACCCACCGCCCAUUCGAGCUGUCUCUGAUGAUGGCCAUUGUCAUCCUGCUCGACGGUCACUCGUGCCUCCAAGCCUCGCUCGGCGGCACCACGUGGGGCAUCUACUACAAGAACCGACCCACCAGCGUCACGGCAACCAUCAUCACCUUCAGUCUGAGCUGCAACGCCGUCGCCGGCAUCCUCAUCUGGCUCGGCGGCAACAGAACUAAGAAGAAGGAAGAGGUGGAAAGGCUGUUGGGGAUCGCAUUGGAAGAAGAGGCGUUGCGCAAGAUCCGGAAGAAGGAGCGCAGGAAGAGGCGAGCCGAGGAGGAGGGAGAGGUCAUGAAUGAGCUGGAGAGGGUGAAUAGUAGGGGCAGGGAUGGGAGGUUUAUCGUAGGCAGAGUGAGUACAGAGGUGAAGCGGUCGAGUCCCGCGUUGGAGCGCAUUCAGGAAAAUUAG